AUGUCGGCAUCCAGUGUAAGAACGAAAUUCAACAACCUCAUCCGUCGGCGACCUCGCAACGGCCAGGAGGCCUACCUCAACAACGCACGCAGCCAACAAAACGAACACACAUCUCUCCUAAACCACGCCCAAUCCCACAUCCACAACAUCCUCCCUACGAACAACAACAACAACAGCAACACCUCACCCUCAUCCUGGCCCAAACGCUUCAUCCAAACAACAUGGUCCAUCCUCCGCAGCAACUACAUCAACGUCCUCCUCAUCUUCGUGCCCAUCGGGCUCAUAUCCGGCGUAGCUGAACUCCCAGCCAUGGCAACGUUCUGCCUGAACUUCCUGGCCAUUAUUCCCUUGGCGGCGUUAUUAUCGUUCGCGACGGAGGAAUUGGCGGCGACGGUGGGGCCGUCGGUUGGCGGGUUGCUGAAUGCGACGUUUGGGAAUGCGAUUGAGUUGAUUGUGAGUGUUAUUGCGUUGAUGAAGGAUGAGUUUAGACUGGUGCAGGCGAGUAUUUUGGGGAGUGUGUUGGUUAAUAUUUUGUUGGUUCUAGGAUGCUGCUUCAUCGCCGGCGGCAUCGGCCAGGGAGCAUCACGCUACGAUCCAACAGUAGCAUCCGUCAUGUCCUCGCUACAGACCCUGGCCUCAUCUGCUUUAAUCGUCCCAGCAGUACUUUACUCUACCCUCCGCAACUCAGCCGACGGCGACACAGUAGAGAUCCUAGACGUCUCCCGCGCCACCGCUGUCAUCCUAAUCGCACUCUACAUUGUAUACCUGGUAUUCCAGCUCAAAACACACUCCAACCUCUUCAGCGACGACGAUCCCGACGACGACGAAGACGCCGAUACCGCUGCCCAGGAAGCCGCGCCGGAUUAUGCCCAAGCGAAAGCAACUGAACAGGAAGAGCACACGCUCGGUCCCCAGGGUGCGCUGACUUGUAUGGUCAUCUCAGUCAUCUUAGUCGGUUUCUGCGCAGAAUUCCUAGUCGACAGCAUCGAAGAUGUCGUGGAGUCUACACCUAUUACGAAAACCUUCAUGGGUCUCAUCCUGCUCCCCAUCGUCAGUAACGCCGCGGAACACGUUACAGCCGUGGUAGUAUCGUACAAGGGCAAGAUGAACCUAGCACUUCUAGUGGACCUCGGAAGUGGUCUGCAGAUCGCGCUUUUCGUGACGCCUUUGCUCGUGUUGUUGGCGUGGGCGAUGGAUAAGCCGCUCUCGCUGCACUUUCAGCUCUUCGAGACGAUUGUUUUCUUCCUGAGCGUGCUGGUGGUUAAUUUUUUGAUCCGAGGGGGCGAGGCGAAUUAUUUGGAGGGGUGUAUGUGUGUGGGGUGGUAUUGUAUCAUUGCUGUUGCUAUUUUUUAUUAUCCUGAUGGUGGGAGCCCGGUUGGUUUGGGGUGGGACGCGUAG